UGCACGAGUCACGAACCUCACUGCAGAUCUUGCUGGGUUUCUGAGGUUACUUCCGAGUGCCUCCGCGGCAUUAACAAGAGUGGUGUGGUUCAUCCCCAGAAGCUCUACGGCUACGUGCAUUCGUCUAAUCUUGCCAAGGUAACAGAACGAUCUGGGACGAGCAAGUAUCACAACAAAUGCCUGUAUUUCUGUUGCCUUUGUAGCACAGCAGGAUACGACAUACUGUGA